UCGAGGGGCGUGGAAGGUAGGGAUCAGGUCGACUGACUGCGAUGUGCAAGAUAAACGUGAAAUUGGUGAGCUAGUAAUUUAACCGAAUUGAGCACAAUUAAAAGUAAUAGCGGUUUAUACGACUAUUCAAAAAAACAGUACGUAAUCUGCCCGCUGUGCAAAGGUAAUCGGUUCCAUGGUAGAUAGUGCUUGGCUCUUGUCUUGCGUAGUUUACGUUAGCUAGCUAACGUCAUAAAUUUACUAAGAGCAUGGGACCUUGAUACUUUGUUAGGCCUGUAAAGGAACAACCUAGCUUUAUAACCAGCUAACGUUGGCACAAUCUGCAUAUUUGGCAGUGUGGUUUGCUUCUUAUAGUUAUGUAAAUUAUUCGUAGUUUGCAGUCAAUAUCGACAGCAUCAUAACGUGACAUUGUUGGUAACGAGUGUUCCAAUCCAACCACUUGCUUUAAUUAGCGGCCACUUCUAGUUGUUGAACUUGCACAACCUGCAGCAUGUUUCAGUCUAUACAACGGCGGCCUAUAGCGUUAUGUGAAAUCAGUGUAUGUGCUGUUAGGUUUCAAAGCAGUAAUGCACUGAGACAGGGAAUUGGCAAGGGCAAAUCCGUAACCACCUCAUGGAUGGGACGACGCAUUGGCCUGUUGUUGUCAUGGCUCCAGAGAUCGGGGGUGGGCACGAGUGAAAAAGCGAGAUCUGACAAGAAGAAGCAAGGCCUGCUGUCAAUUUUUGCCAACCAUUGUAGCUUUGUGACCGGCCAGAGGCUUCGACGCGCUCAUCAGAUUGGAGAGCUCUACUCAAACCUGUACUCGGAGCGAACCAGGUGGACUCUGGUUGGAAGCAUAUGGCGUCGACUCCAGAGCAAGCACUCCUCCACGGGGAAGCUUGUGGCUGCACUGGCUGGUGUAUUUAUGUGGGAGGACGAGAAGGUUCGAGAUGAAGAACUACACAGAUGUGGACUAGAGCUCCAAGCUUUGGAGAAGGUGAAGAAUCUGAGUGCAUCUUCAGAAAAGGAGAAGGCUGCAGGGCAGGUGGAGACCGGCUGGGAGGUUGUCAUGGAGAAGAAUAACUUCAAAGUGUGGAGGCGGCCCAUCGAGGGAAGCCACUUGUGGGAAUACAGAGUUUUGGGUUCUUACAACGAUGUCACCCCCAGACAGUUCUUCAAUGUUCAGUUGGACACUGAGUACAGGAAAAAGUGGGAUGCCCUAGUUCUUAAGCUGGAGGUGGUGGACAGGGACGUCAACACAGGCUCAGAGGUUGUGCACUGGGCCACGCAUUUCCCUUAUCCCAUGUACUCACGAGACUAUGUUUAUGUGCGUCGCUAUGACGUUGAUGUGGAGAAUAAUCUGAUGGUCCUGAUCUCCAGAGCGGUUCAACAUCCUGGAGUCCCGGAAACUCAGGACUACGUCAGAGUCCACUCAUACCAGUCCAAGAUGGUCAUCCGCCCUCACAAGACCUUUGAUGAGAAUGGCUUUGACUACCUUCUGACCUACAGCGACGACCCUCAGACUGCCUUUCCCCGCUACUGUGUGAGCUGGAUGGUGUCUAGUGGUAUGCCUGACUUUCUGGAGAAACUGCAUACUGCAGCCCUUAGGGCUAAGAACCUGGAGGUAGGGAUCUACGACUAUGCCAGUGUCAUGAAGUCCAAUGACCCCAAGCACCAGCCCAGCCAGGACCGCCUUGGGGACAACACUCGCCCUGGGCAAAUCUACGCAUAAGGGACCAUGUCUUUUAAGCCGUGGUGGGGAGUUUGAUUUAACCUGCACCUGCUCACAUACAACAACCCUCCAAACUCAAAGCUUUUGGACACAAGGGUGGAUGGGAUAUAAUGAAACUGGAAUAUACAUUUGUUGAAGAUAUUCAGUACUUGUUCCACAUACUGGUUAUUGAUAACAGAAUUAUAAUGAACAGCAUGGACUGUACCAACAAGCAGUUGAGCCCUUUGGAGAAAGGACUCCGCUUUUGCUGCCAGGAGGAUUUCCAUUGGGACUUCCUGCCUUGCGACACUUGUGCUAGACAGCCAACAUCCUCAUGCCUCAUUUUGCUAACUAGCUGCUUCACCAACUAGUGACACUGAGCCAAAAAUACUACCCCUAUCGAGAUGUUGCCAACGCAUUUUCUCCCUCCAUCUACCACGUCUACUGGUUUCUUCCAGCCACUUUGAUUGGAUCCCUUAUCUGGUCACAUCAGCACUUAAAUAUCUCACUUUAAAGGCUUCGCUACACAAAUACAUACCUAUAGUUAUUUCAUACAACAGAGAAAGAAGAACAUCAAUAAUUAAACCCACUGUGAUAUCAGGAACACGAGGAACACGCUUUGGAGCUGAAUGCCCUGGCAUAUUGACUUCCACAGACAAGUGGAUUUAAGGGCUCUUGUGGUCUUUCACAUUUUCACAUGGGAUCGAUGUUUUGCUCUCUGCAGAACUGAGGUUCUAACUUUUUUUUGUCUGUCACGCCUUGUCUGUGUUUUAAACUGCCAGGUCAUGACACUUCUAACAGCCUUCUGAAGAUUACCAGUGUCUUCCUGUCCACAUGGUGUCUUAUGGUAACUGCAGAAGUCCUCAGUAACUAUGGUACAAAUGCUUGAUGUUUUUUUAUUUCACUUGCAUUGCAGUUCCCCUCCACCCGUCCAUGUUAAAAUGUCCUUAUCAAAAAAACGAUAUAAAAUUUUUUUUUAUAUAAAAAGUGUGUAUUUUCUUGUGCCACCUAACUAUCUGUAUUUCAAUUGAAUGGAUAUGACUGAAAUACUGUUUCUUACUGAGAACUAAGUUCAAAGUUUAUGGAACAGACAUGAUUAAAACCGACUGCUCGCUAGUUUGCGCUACAGAGGAAUAUGUUUGUUUGCUGAACUCUUACUGUACCUUAACAGUGAAAGUAGUGCAACAAUUGUUCUAUUACUGAUGCGCUUUGGAAGGCAAGGGUUUAGUAAGAUCAUGCGUUUAUGUGUAAUCUUUAUUGCGUUUUACAAUUUUUUUUCAGUCUUGAUGUGUAAAUGGUUCUGCAAACUACUUAGACCUAAUCUUAUUAACUGUUUGACUCACUUGAGUAAGGGCAUGUGUGAAUUCUCUGCUCAACCUGACAAUCUGGUACAAUUGAAGGAGCACCUUUUUCUGUAUGUCAUUUUAUUUUUUUCUGUUACUGAUAUUGGUAUAAACAGAAUUUUCCAGGCAAAAGUUUCAUUAAUUUAUGGUACCAGUAUACAUGCAUGACUACAGUUCCAUGAAAACCGAUUGUUGGUAGGUCACAAAUACUGAGAUAAAUGUAAAAGUUCAUUGAAGUUGCAUUGAAAAGAUACCAUAGUUCAAUACAUUUAAAUGCCAAGGGGCAGUUUUUUAAUUCCUUGCGUCCCACAUGUAUUAAAGGUCUAAUUGAGCAGUUUUUAUGAAUAUAAAAUCAUUUCUGGGUAACAACUGUACCUCAUUCUCCCGCACAUGCAAACCUGAUUAGAAGGCCCUGUGUAGAUUGUAUUUUCAACCAGCAACUAUCAGGAAAUAACUCAUCACGUUUUUUUAUACAUUUGCUAGUUUCAUCAGCUGCUGUACUGUAUGCUAUAAAACACAAUUUUGACUCCACUGGGCCUUUUAAGAUGACUUACUCCCAUGAAGUCUGAAAUAACUAAAGAUCAUUUACCUACUCGUAUCUUUGAUAAACACACAGGUGAAAAAAUUAUUUUACUGUCCGCUGUAUAUGAUUGUCAGCAUAUGGUGUGUUUUGAUAUAUUGUACAUGUGAGAGGAAAUGAAUUACCUCUAGUUGAGCUUUUGUUUAGUGAUGGUCAGAGCUAUGUGUAUGCAGAGCAUAAAACUUUGGUUUCUAUAUUGAACUACUGUAUGCAAUGUUUGAGAAUGUAAAUCUGGCGAUUGUAACGUUUUGGUGUGCUAUCCUUUUCUAGACUACAAUUGUGUGUUCAAUAUACUGUUUAUUUUUUUCAACAUGCAGUUUAACACCUUGGAUAUGAUUUCCAGAAGUUGAUUCCUUUAGAAAUUGUGUAAAUUAUAUUGAUUGAAAAGAAUUGGGAAAAUAUAUGGAACCUGGCAAGAAGUUGUCAUUGUAUGAUUCCAUGUUGAAAUUGAGCAACUAAUGAUUCAAUAAACCAAUUUGAAGUAUA